GCCAAGGGCACAGCCACAACCAACAAUCUCCUUCAUUUCUUCGUUCUUCUUCUUGUUGGUUAUUCUGAGUGGAGAAGGAAUGGAUCCAGUAUCAGAAUGGGGAAACUCAAGCCUCCUCACAGUGGAUCCAGAGAUCCAUGACCUGAUCGAGAAGGAAAAGAGGAGGCAGUGCAGGGGGAUAGAGCUGAUUGCCUCCGAGAAUUUCACAUCCUUUGCCGUCAUUGAAGCCCUGGGCAGCGCCCUCACCAACAAGUACUCCGAGGGCAUGCCUGGCAACCGCUACUAUGGUGGAAAUGAGUUCAUCGACGAGAUCGAGAACCUCUGCAGGUCACGUGCCCUGCAGGCCUUCCACUGCGACCCCUCCAAGUGGGGCGUCAAUGUUCAGCCCUACUCCGGCUCCCCCGCCAAUUUCGCCGCCUACACCGCCAUUCUCAACCCCCACGACCGCAUCAUGGGUUUGGACCUCCCUUCCGGUGGCCACCUCACCCACGGCUACUACACCUCCAGCGGAAAGAAGAUCUCGGCCACUUCCAUUUACUUUGAGAGUUUGCCUUAUAAGGUCAGCUCCACCACUGGCUACAUUGAUUACGAUCGCUUGGAGGAGAAGGCCUUGGAUUUCAGGCCUAAGUUAAUCAUUUGCGGUGGCAGCGCCUACCCCAGGGACUGGGAUUACGCCAGAUUCCGCUCUAUUGCCGAUAAGUGUGGCGCUUUGUUGCUUUGUGACAUGGCCCACAUUAGUGGCCUUGUUGCUGCUCAGGAAGCCGCAAACCCCUUUGAGUAUUGUGACAUAGUCACAACUACAACCCACAAGAGCCUGAGGGGCCCAAGGGCUGGUAUGAUCUUCUACCGUAAGGGUCCUAAACCACCCAAGAAGGGCCAGCCGGAAGAUGCAGUUUAUGAUUUUGAGGACAAGAUCAAUUUUGCUGUUUUCCCCUCCCUCCAAGGUGGCCCCCACAAUCACCAGAUUGCUGCCCUAGCUGUUGCCUUGAAGCAGGCCAUGGUUCCCGGGUUCAAGGCCUAUGCUAAGCAAGUCAAGGCCAAUGCAGUUGCCCUUGGAAACUACCUGAUGAGCAAGGGAUACAAGCUUGUUACUGGUGGGACUGAGAACCACCUUGUUCUAUGGGAUCUCCGCCCUCUCGGUUUGACUGGCAACAAAGUUGAGAAACUUUGUGAUCUGUGCAACAUUACAGUGAACAAGAAUGCUGUGUUUGGUGACAGCAGUGCCUUGGCUCCUGGAGGUGUACGCAUUGGUGCUCCUGCCAUGACUUCGAGGGGUUUGGUUGAGAAGGACUUUGAGCAGAUAGCAGAGUUCCUGCAUAGGGCUGUGACCAUCACCUUAAAGAUCCAAAAGGAGCAUGGGAAACUUUUGAAGGAUUUCAACAAGGGCCUUGUUAACAAUAAGGAUAUCGAGGAGCUGAAGGUUGAUGUUGAGAAGUUUUCAGCCUCAUUUGAGAUGCCUGGAUUUUCAGUGUCUGAGAUGAAGUACAAGGAUUAGGUGGAAAAAGUGGUGAUCGGCUCUAUUGUUCUCUGAAUUACUACUGCUACUACUACACUUGGCCUCCAUUUCAAACGCAAAAAUAACUUGUACGGUUUUCAGUAAUAUAGGUUAUUGAAUUUUGGUGUCUAUUUUAUUAUUUGCUGGUUGCUUCUAAUUUGAUCCUUGAUCCCAAUGGGAAAUUGUUUUAAAGCAAGUGCUCAUUCAUCUUACCAAUAAACGAUGAAUUACAGUUUGGUCAAUUUUUGUGAAAUAUCCAGUAAAAUGAGGUUAAUUGUA